GAGCCCACCGGAACCCACCCGGAACCCCCGGAACCCACGGAACCCCCGGGUCCAGUAGCAGCAGCCCCGCGGACCCCCCGAGCCCAUGCGGCGGCCUGCAGGAGCGCGGCGGCGCUGAGCUGAGGAUGGGUCCGGGCGCGCGGGGCGGGCGGGACGCGGGGAGCGCGCGGAGCUACGCGGAGCUGUUCGAUCAGCUGGACACGAACAGGGACGGGAAGGUGGAUGUAGCCGAACUCAGAACCGGACUCAUCGCCAUGGGCAUCUCCCUGCGGACCGGAGCGGCCCAGAAAAUAGUCACCACCGGGGACAGAAACCGGGACGGCGUUCUUGACUUCACUGAGUUCACCAGAUACCUGAAGGAGCACGAGAAGAAGCUGUGGCUGACCUUCAAGAGUCUGGAUAAGAAUAACGACGGACGUCUGGACGCCUGUGAGAUCAAACAGUCCCUGUCUGAACUUGGGAUGGACAUCUCCACUGAAGCAGCGCUGAAGAUCCUGCAGAGUAUUGAUGUUGACGGCACCAUGACUGUGGACUGGAAUGAAUGGAGGGAGCACUUCCUGUUUAACCCCGCCACAGACCUGGAGGAAAUCAUACGAUACUGGAAACACUCCUCGCAGCUGGACAUUGGCGACAAUCUGGCCAUUCCUGAUGAGUUCACCAGUGAAGAGAAGACCACCGGCGGUUGGUGGAAACAGCUUGUUGCCGGGGCAACGGCAGGGGCGGUCUCCCGCACCGGCACCGCCCCUCUGGACAGGAUUAAAGUUUUCAUGCAGGUUCACGCUUCCAGGUCUAACCGAAUCGGGCUGGUGGGGGGUUUCAGACAGAUGCUGAGGGAAGGGGGCGUGGCCUCUCUGUGGAGGGGGAAUGGCCUUAAUGUGUUAAAAAUUGCUCCAGAGACGGCCAUCAAAUUCAUGGCCUAUGAACAGUAUAAGAAGCUUCUGUCUGAGGGGGAUAAAAUCGGGACCACUCAGAGAUUCAUGGCCGGAUCUUUAGCUGGAGCCACGGCGCAAACCGCCAUCUACCCCAUGGAGGUAAUGAAAACCAGGCUGACUCUCAGGAGUACUGGUCAGUAUUCUGGAAUGAUGGACUGUGCAAAAACCAUUCUGAAAAAAGAGGGAAUCAAGGCUUUCUCUAAAGGCUACGUCCCCAACCUGCUGGGCAUCAUCCCUUACGCCGGGAUCGACCUCGCAGUUUACGAGAGUCUGAAGAACGCCUGGCUGUCGCACUACGCUCGAGACACAGCUAACCCGGGUGUCCUGGUGCUGCUGGGCUGUGGGACGGUGUCCAGCACGUGUGGGCAGCUGGCCAGCUACCCCCUGGCCCUGGUGCGCACCCGCAUGCAGGCACAAGCGUGUCUGGACAGCGCGCAGCAGAUGUCCAUGCGCUCGCUGAUGAAGAGCAUCGUGAUGAAGGAGGGGUUUCUGGGGCUGUACCGCGGCAUCUUACCCAACUUCAUGAAGGUGAUCCCGGCCGUGAGCAUCAGCUACGUGGUGUACGAGUACACCAAAUCAUCACUGGGCAUCUCCAACUGAACACUGUUCACUUCAUACACCUUAUUCUGCACUACACAUACAACUACAUCCAGGAGGAGGAAGAGGAAGAUGGGACAUGUCCGUUUCCUUUGUGUUGGAACUUCUGGUGCAGCAGCGGAUCACUGAUAUAGAUUAAUAUAAUCACAGAGAGUAAACGAACAGGAUGAGUAGUAUUAUAUACUCAGUUCAUCAGUGGAUGUUACAAAUACAAUACAGUUGCAUGGCUGUGAGCAGUGAGCGCUGCACAGACAGCACUCAGUGUGUAAACAGCGUGGAGCAGCAGCAGAGACAGCGUGUGUUCAUAGCUGUGGUAAUUAAUUAGCGUCAUCUGACUAAUAUAUAUUAUAUUACAGAUUAAACUGCACCUUAUCAGCAGAUUAGCUCAAAUAAAUGUACUAUAUUUACUAGCUGGAUUGGAUCAAGACCGAAUCACGUUUUCACCACAUCAUUUGGUUUUGUUUUGAUCCACACCAGAGUGUGAUUACUGUUGUCACACUGUUUUCUGCUCAAUAGAACCGCACUAAAAGAGUAGAAACCAAUCAGAGUCCGAAUUUAACCAGAACAAAUAAAGCUGGUGUGAAAACAACCUAAGAUACGAACAUAAACCAUUUAAUAUAAAGUGAAUGGAUAGUAGUGAUGUUUAUAUUAAUAAUUCAUUUCUUGUUUUCCCACUUUAGAUAAGGAUUAAAGAUCAGCACAGACGUGUUUGGAGUUUUAUUAGGUCUGCUCUGUUGAUAGAAAGCUAACGUCGCUAAUUAAAAGAUGCUAAAAAAACUCGUCAUUUACAUUGCAGUUAAUUUUUACAAUAUUUUAUUCUGUGAUAUGUACUGUACUGCUAAAAUAAAAGCGGUAAUAUGUAUAUAAAUCCCAGAAUAACAAAUUAGCACAACUGUUUCACAUUUUUUUAUCCUUUUGAAUGAUUUUCUGAUUUUUAUGUAUGCAGAUUCAAACGAUCCGAGACGCAUUUGAGCCGCAUUUUACAACAGUGUGAACGCAUCUGUCUCUCCAAGAAACCUUCCAGAACUUUUAAAACUCAAAACUCCUCCCAGUAUUACAGUAAUCGCUGCAGGAUGAGUGAAUUUGCCUAUUUAGACUAUUUUGACUCUCACAGCAGAUUAACAUUAGAUGAAUUUAACUAGCAAGUGUAAAUGGAUGUGGUUUAAAAUCUGGUUAGGAUAUAAUCCAGAUUCCAGUUACCUGAGGUGUGAACCCAGUCUCUGGUACGGGUUAGCCUAAUAUUAGCCUUGUAGCAAAACUGAAGAAACAGACUGAACUGGUCUUUACAGAGUCAGUUUCUCUGAUUUUGCUAUUUAUAGGUUCAUGUUUGAGUAAAAUGAACAUUGUUGUUUCAUUCUAUAAACUAUAUUAUAUAAAUCAAUAUUUGGUGGAAUAACCCUGUUUUUUUCUGGCUGAAUGACUAAAAAGCUCUAAUAAUGAGCUUUGGGGCAUGUGAAACACAAAGCACAUGGAGCAGAUAGGACACCUGGACAUCUUAAGAAGAACAAGUGUUAUUAAUCACAGUUAAUCACAGAAUAUUGUCUUUUUUUUAAUCGAUUGACACCACUAAAAAAGUGCUUUCACACUACAAAUGAACUGAACCAUGCUUCCAGUAGAUCCAGACCGAGAUCACGUCUGAGUGUUUUUGGUACUUUGGUUUAGACUGUGGUUUUUGGCACUUUUUUAUUUUGUUUUGGACCAAAGUAAAAGUCUAAAACUCCAGACCAAACAUAAAUGACAUCACUUUUGAGUUU